AGUGACUUUGGUCACUUAAUUACAGUUUUGCUUUGCUGCCUAGAGCUGGCACAGGGCAGAUGGUCUCUAACUGCCAGGAUGAUGGAGGAGAAGCAACAGAAGCUCAGCCUGAGGCGUGAAGUGGGGCUGAUGGGAGCUGUGUCGCUGAUUGCAGGAACAAUGAUUGGAUCUGGGAUCUUCAUGUCCCCACAGACAGUUAUCUCCUCUAUUGGGAGCUCCGGAGCCAGCCUGGUGGUGUGGGCCAGCUGUGGCUUACUGGUUAUACUGGUGUCUUUCUGCUAUGCUGAACUGGGCACUGUUAUACAAGAGUCAGGGGGAGAGUACAUCUACAUCCUCAGGACAUCAGGUCCAGUCAUGGCCUUCAUGCUGGCCUUCAGUUCUAUCUUAUUUGUGAGACCUGCUGGAGUUGCUGGCAUCUCUCUGAGCUUUGCUCAGUAUGUUGUGGCUCCUUUCUAUCCAGAAUGCCUUCCUCCGGUGCUGGUAGUAAAAUGUGUGGCUGCAGCUGCAAUCAUUGUUUUAGCUGUUGUGAACUGCAUGAAUGUUCGCUUUUCAAUGUCAGUGCAAAUGUUUUUUAUGGUGGCCAAGGUUGUGGCCUUGGGAGUCAUUAUUAUAGGAGGGGUGGUCAUGCUUGCUAAGGGAAACACGUUAAGCUUUGAAAACUCUUUUAAGAACUCAAACGUGGGCAUCAAUCCAAUUGGUAUUGCUCUCUACCAGGGACUGUGGUCCUAUGAUGGCUGGAACAAUCUGAACUAUGUGACUGAGGAGCUCAAACGUCCAGAGAUAAACCUUCCCAGAGCCCUGGUAAUAGCCAUUUCUCUGGUCACUGGCUUGUAUCUGCUGGUCAAUGUUAGCUAUCUGACAGUGAUGACACCUAUGGAGCUCAUGUCCUCCACCGCUGUUGCUGUCACCUGGGGGAAUAAGGUGCUGGGAAGCUGGGGUUGGAUCAUGUCAUUGGCUGCUGCCCUGUCUGCUUUUGGUUCCUUAAAUGGGACGUUCUUCAGCGGGGGCCGAGUCUGCUUUGUGGCUGCCAGGGAGGGCCAUAUGCCAGAUAUUCUGUCCAUGGCUCACGUCCACCGCCUGACUCCAUCUCCAGCUCUCAUCUUCACCACUGUGAUCUCUUUGGUGGUGCUGAUCCCUGGAGAUUUUCAGAGUAUCGUCAACUACUUCAGCUUCACAGCCUGGUUUUUCUAUGCCAUCACUCUGUCUGGACUGAUCUAUCUCAAAAUAAAGAAACCGGAGCUCCCCAGACCAUACAGCGUUCCCAUUGUGCUCCCCAUACUGGUCCUGCUUGUGGCAAUGUUCCUUGUUCUGGCCCCCGUCAUAGACCAACCUCAGAUUGAAUACCUUUAUGUGGCAUUAUUUAUUCUAAGUGGCGCAAUAGUCUAUGUACCAUUCAUCCAUUACAAGCUCUGCCCGGGACUGUUCAAUAAGGUGACAAUGUUCCUGCAGCUGUUCUUGGAGGUCGCUCCAGCAGAGAAAAACCUGUGAUUUUAAUCUGCUGCAGAUAAUUGUUGUCUGCAGAAAAAAAUGAGGCUCUAAAAGCCAAUAAUGUAAUUGAUUUAAAUGGGCAAUUUUACUGAUGUGUUAUUUGUUUGCAGUUAGUUUUAUUUUUAUUUUGUGGCACUAUAGUGGCUUUUAUUUUUGUAAAUUAACCGAAAUGAAAUAGGGUGGAGAGAAAGAGGGAAGACAUGCAGCAAAGGUUGAGGGGGCCAGGACUCGAACCCUACAUAUAUGUGUGGCCUCCAUAUAUGGGCACUUUACCCCUGUACCACCGCCAAGCUGCCUUUUGCACUUAUUUAAAUUAAAUUAUGAGUUGAAAAAAAAAAAAGACAAUUCAUUUUAAAUGUUUUAUGGUAGAAAAAAACUGAAAUCUGCAACAAAUCUUGCAGUUAUUCUGAAAAGCUGCAAAAACAGAGACAUUACAAUGAGGUUUUUGAUUUUUCAGAAGCUGCUUUAUUUGGUUAAAACAAUAAAAAAAAGUUCUCACUGUAAUAGCUACCUAUUUGGAGCUGCAUCUUUCAUGCUACAAAUGAAGAUGGAAAAUAUACAAUAUUUAAAUUAAAUGAAGACCAAGCCAAAUGAUGCAUCAUUUACAAACUAAUACAAACUAAAAAUAUUUUAUUUCCAUCCCAAUAAUUAUUCCAUAAUUUACAUCUAAAACACCACUUUACCCAUUUUAAUCCAUUUCUUGUUAGUGUAGCAUCCCAGAAACAAUAAACUGUGCACAAACCCAUGGGGAACGUUUUGUCUGUGCACAUCUUUUGACAGAGGGAGUGCCAAAAUAAACCAAGUGAAAACCCAGUUACGGUACCAUUAUUUUAAUGUGCAGUACAUAUUUGUUUUCGCUAACAGUAGAUAAAAUAUAAAUGUAACGUUUGUUAGAUUUAGCCACAGAAUGUUCAUCUUUUGUAAGAUAUCACACGCUCUCACUUUUGCUAGAAAUAUUCAAAACCAUUUUGAUUCUACCUUCUUGCAACGAUUUUAUUGCCACAUAAUUUAUGCAUCAAAACAUAGACACCACGCUUGUCUUCCUCUGCUGAAGGACUUAUGAUUUUCUGUCAAAUCCUCCCAGUGGGGAAAAAGUGCACACUAAUUCACUCAUAUUUCACCUCUGAAGUUUUCUUUCAAAAUGGGAGCUAAAAGGUAUCUUCGAUCUGUCAUACCUUCUACAUAAAAGAGUGAAGACAGAUAAAAAUGUACGCGUGGCCUUCAGAAGUUUCUUUAACUCACAAUUAAAAUUGUUUUUGAUACAAUUUA